GUGCUGUGGAUGGAGACACGGCCUCAUGCGCAACAACGAAAAAUGGCGACAUGUGGAUGGUGGAUCUGCGUGGGUACUUUGACAUACAUGACGUCAUCAUCGCGAACUGUGACGAUGACUAUUCGUGUUGUGGUUUCUCUCGACUUUUUCACCUUGUACGAGAGACGCAACUCAACUCGACAAAUGAUGUCAUUUCCGGCAUUGUUGAUGUCAUGAAUUGCGCGAGCAGAUGUGGCCACCACGAUUGCUUGGCGUUCAACUACAACCAGAACAGCCAGCAGUGUCAGCUCAUUUCAGCUCCGACGUUUAACGAUUCAGCAACGAUGACGUCAUCGUGGGAUUACUACGGAGUGGAUCUUUGUUGAUCAAUUUAAUGUCUGAAUUUUGUUAAGACUGGAAGAAACACAUGUUCAGCUUGUACUGGGCAGGUCUGGGAUUUUAUAACGAGGGAUCCUAAAAUUAUAAACAGAGGAAAUUUGUAUCUGCAAAUUAGUCAAGCUCCAGAAUGGGGCGAAAAUUUUGGGACAUUCGAUGGUAUUUUUUUAAUAAGAUGCCCAGAGACGUUUGUUUUCAUGACAAUUUACUUCCAGUUUGCUACAUUUGUGUUUGAAACAUUUUGUAUGAUUAAAACUUGUUAAUUGUACCACCCAUGUUCGUGUCUACAUUCGUCUGAGCGUGUUAUAUUGAAGGCAUCAUUCUAAAAGAAAUUUCAUCGGAAUAAAUAGGAUUA